GAAUGCCUCACGGGACCAGCCAGCUUCUCCCAGUGCUUACUCCGUGCCGGGCACUGGCCACACACUAGAUGCCGUGACCCAUUUGGGCCUUGUGGAAGCCUGUGUGGCAGGUGCUCCUGUUGGCCCACUUCCGGGACCAGAAAGCUGUGGCCCCAGAGAGGGGUGCUGACCACGAUGUAGGGGCCUGGGUGGUCUGCCCCUCGGAGGAACUGAGGCUCUACGGCUGGUGACGAAGCCUCCACCUUGAGUGAUGCAUCAGGAGGGAGAGGGGGCUCUGGAGGCUCCUGCGCUGGCCUGGAGGUGACAGGUGGCACAGGCGGAACUCGCCAGGUCCUCAAACUCCCCGGGGGAACGGGAAGUGGGGUUCCCACCACAUGAGUGGAAAGCAGAGAGCUGGAACUAGCCGAUGACAGGCUGGCAUCGCCGAGCCCACAGCAGCCACGCUGGCAGUAAAGCGGGAGAAAGAGCUGAGGGCUGCUGUGAGGUCGGGUGAGACCCCAGCGCAGGCCCACUCGCCGGAAUGGAGUGAAUUACAGGAUGAAGUCACUGUCCCUGCACAACCUUGAGGAGGCUGGCAAGAGCAAGGUGUCAGGGAGCGGGCCUGUCACCUGUCAGAUGUCCGCUUCAAAAUGCCGCCUUUCUGGGCCCCCCUCUGGGCAUAGUGUCAGUGCAGGAUAAUCAAGUGACAGAUUUUCCCGGGACACUGGAGGAAGGGGACAGAGAGCACGUCAGGGGGGAAAUGACGGGAGGCGGGCAGAGAAAAUGGGGCGGCAGCCGCUCCGCACGCUGGGGGCUGGGCCGCGGGCGUGGGAGGGCCAGGUCUGCCAAGUGGGUUUGGGCUCGGGAGGCGGGCCAGCGCUGGAAGCGUAUGAGUGGCGCUCUUGUGCCCAUGCGGAGCGGAGGCCACGGUGCCAAAGGGCCUUGUAACCGGGGGUCUGUGGGUCUCCCCGCAGCCUCCGCCCCUCCGCCCGAGCACCCCUGCACUGGAGAUGAGGCCCCGGCUACUGCCCGUGUUCUUCGGGGAGGGCGUCGAGGUGAACCGAGAACCCACACCCGAGAUCCGCUGCAACUCCGAGGUCAAGUACACCUCCGAGAAGCACUUCCGGGACAACGUCUUCUACGCGCCGGUGCCCACGGUGACGGCCUACAGCGAGACGAUCGUGGCCGCGCCCAACUGCACGUGGCGCAGCUACCGCAGCCAGCUGACCCUGGAGCCGCGCCCGCGCGCCCUGCAUUUCUGCAGCACGACCAUCAUCUUCCCCAAGCAGGCCCGCAGCUCGUUCCGCACCACCCUGCACUGCAGCCUGGGCCGGCCCAGCCGCUGGUUCACGGCCAGCGUGCAGCUCCAGCUGUGCCAGCACCCCGGGCCCUGCCUCCUGGGGCCCACAGCGCUCUAACGGGGCGGCCGGGCCCCCACGUAACCGGGCGGGAGCCCUGGGGGCGGAAGGACCAUAGACUCCAGGGCUCGGCCUGGAGCCGGGUCGGUAGGGAGGUGCAGAGGCCGAGGACCUGGCUGCCUGGCGGGGUGUCCCCGUGCUGGACUCUGUCAACGCAUCCAUUUUGCUGGCCCCUAAAGCGGUGAGGCAGCCUGGCCACAGCUCUCUGAGGAGCAUGAGGUGGGGGACAAGCAGCAGGAGGCUGGGCAAAGGCUGGACGCGAAUGCCUGGGCUGAUGUUGGUCAUACGGGGGGUCUGCAGCCUAGGAAAGACCCCGCCUUAGCUGUCCCAGCGUCCUCUGCCCCCGAGUGGAGGGCAUAGCCCGUCUGAACUGAGGCCUUUGAGCUCUGCGUCCCGAGUCUCGCUCGAAGGCGUCCCUGUCAGCCUCCGUCCACACAAGGCCUCCAGGACCAGCACUUCCGGGGGGCAGAGUGCUGGGUGCCAAGGGGAGGCGUUGAAGCUCUCCAGAAAUGUCUGUUGUCACCUGCCUAAGGCUCAGGUGUAGCUGUCGCCUUAAAGAGAUACUGCGGGGGGCCUGGGCUGCCUGUUACCGUGGUGACAGUGCUACAGGGUUCACCUCGCAUGUAUGAUGUCGGAAGACGAAGACCAGCAAGGACUCGCUGGGGCUGGGGUUCCCAGCCGGCUGCUCCCUGGGACAGAUGCCCCAGAAGCCCCAGGUGUCUAUGGAAAUGCCCCCAGACCUGAAUGGAUCCACCCCGGUCGCCACCCCAUCCAUCCCCCAGGCGGGACAAAGCCUGGGGCUUUUGCAUCCUCAUGCUGGUGAGGAUGGGGCCUCGGAGCUCAGUCCAGGAGAGGCAAAGUGACUGAUAUAUUUUUAUAUAUCUACACAGACAGUGCAUAUUCUCUCCAGAAUGCUUUCUGAAUAACAGAGAAAUAACUUAAGAAUCGACUAUCUUAAUAAAAUGUGCAAACCCAAAGAUGCUCCUUCCUGUUUCUGAGACCCUCAGAUCCCAUGUGGGUUGCUGGGGGAGGGUCACAUUGGCCUUCGUAAGCCACCCCCCACCCCCCUAUGCCAGCCUCAGGGUGCGCCAGCUCCACCAAGAGCCAGUUAAUAAAUGCAGAGGCCCAGGCCCCACCCUGGGACGCAGGCCUGGGCCCUGCAGAAUCUGUUUGACAUUCGCAGUCCAAAUGCCGGCCCUGCACACCGACGAAUCCGAAGGCCUCCCAGUCCCUGGAGAAGGCCCCACCCCCCGCUGCCUCUGCAAAGCAGCAGUCAUGGCCCGCAUUGCAACUCGUUUCUCCCCAUCUCGUCUCCAUCCCUGGAGGAGCCUCUGGGGGCCCCGGGUUGUGAGUGCACUUAGCGAGACACUCAGCAGCCGAGGGACAACGUCCUCUGUCCUCGAGUCGGGCAAGCGAGGUGUCUGUGACAGACGCCUCCUGCUGGGGACAGAUCCUCCGAGGGGGCGGGCACAGGAGCGCAGUGGGCUGCGUCACUUGUGGUCUCUCCAUGUCCGAGCCCUAGCCUGGCAGUGUGUAAAUAAUGACAAAGGGACGCUGGCUGCCUCACAGCACUCCCGCUCCGGGCCGGUGGCAAAUGCGCACGCCGUCCCCCUUGUCGUCCCCCUUUCAGUCACCGGCUGAGAGGCGCACUGCUGUGUCUCCACUUGGCAGAAGCGUCAGUGGGCACAGAGAGGUUCAGGAACCAAGGCCCAACGCGGGGUGGGCCCGGAGGCUGGAAGGAGAGCGUGUGACUUUAUUUCUCUCAGCAUCUGCAAGACGGGCACCCAGUCUGACCUCCCAGGCUGUGGGGACAAUAAUUCAUGCUUGUGAAGCCUCUCCCGGGACCCUUCUCGGGGGUGGGGCCGGGAGCCCACCCCUCUCGCGGGGGCAGAAAAUCGUCCGAAGGUCGGGGGGCCGGCGUUGGCCCCAAACGGCCAUCCUGACCCACCUCCCUCAGCCUCUUCCUCUGUUACCCCUGCCCAUCUCUGCGCUCACCUGUCUCAAAUCAAACUCAGCAGACCUCCCCCAGCCCCACCAUCACCAAAAAACAGGUGCCCCCAACCCUCUGGGCCCGACGGGUCCCCCUGCAGGAGUGACAAGAACGGCAGCCUGGCAGCGGGCAGACGGCGUGAGCACCUGACCUUCACAAUGACCCUGUGACGUAGCUGCUGAGAAACCAAGCGAGGAAGCAGAGCUGGCCCGACUCGAGGGUCUGCAGAUGGAAGGACAGCCAGCCUGUCA